UCUUUCUUGCAGCCCUGAUAGAAAGUAACAGAAAUUAUUACAAACUGCUGCUCCCUAGUGGAACAAAUCAGCAAGCACACACCAAUGUGAAAUUAAUUAACUUAAACAACUAAAGAAAAGGUUAAUGUCUAUAAUUUGCUGUGAACAUUUGAUACAAUAAAUUGUAUAUAUAAACUGUAAAUAUGGACAAAUAAAUUGUUCCUGUCAACAUGGGUACUGUUGAUAUUAUUCUAGUUCUUAAUAUUCUAAUGCUUCUGCUGUUCCAAUUCAAUAGAUUUCACUACUAAAAUGUCAUAAGAUGCAUUUAUAAUAAAUUUUACCAUACCUGAAAUAAAUAUUUAAUUGUCCUCAAAGGCAGUAAGUAGUCAUGCAAGAUCCGUUAACAGGCAGAACAACUAUUUAGUUAACUAUCUGAAUUUAUUUAUCAGCAUAUGCAAGCACAUGCUGUGGUCUUAUCACUCUUUUCUCCCAACCUUGUUUCUCAAACACACAAAUGCAGGUGGACAUUUCACACUCAGUGUCACACCCAACCAUAGAUAUCCAACCUUUACACCACCCUAUACAUUUUGUACCAUUCCUAAGUUAGUUGUACAUUUUGUUUUACAUCUGUCUCAGACAUGGAAACAUCUAAAAAGUCACUGCUUACAGCCACUACAAUGAAGUUAAGUUGGACUGGCUUCCUAAUUGCAAGCUUUGUCAUUUCUACUCAGGCAAUGUACUUUGACUUGGUACAACAGAAGGAAAGAUGUAUUAUUGAGGAGAUUCCAGAGGACACCCUUGUCACAGGUUACUUCUUACUAGAGCACUGGGAUAAGAAUCAGCAGAACUCUCAGCAUCUUGGUUUAACCAUCACUGUUAAAGACCCUAACUAUGAGGUAUUGUUGAUGAAACGCUUUGGCAGAUAUGGAAAAUUCACCUUCACCUCCCAUUCCUCUGGUCAGCAUUUCCUAUGUGUGAAAUCAAACUCUACCAGAUUUUCUGUGUUUGCUCGUGAACAUUUGAAGGUGCAUCUAGAUGUCCAGAUGGGAGAGCAUGUUAUUGAUCCUAGUGCUGUCAAGGUAAAAGACACAGUUAAAACAAUGGAGUACACAAUGAAGCACUUAAUUAACCAGAUCCAGUACAUUAGCAAGCAGCAAGACUUCCAGAGGGAACGUGAAGAAACAUUUCGCCAAAUGAGUGAAGAAACCAAUGGAAACGUUCUGUGGUGGGCAAUUAUGCAGACCUCAAUACUACUCACCGUUGGAUUCUACCAAAUUAGAAGCUUGAAAAACUUUCUAAUAGAAAAAAAGUUGGUUUAAUUAUUUUGUGUAGCCUUAAUCAACUGCCUAGCUUUAACUAGCUGUACGAGUCCAUCUAGGUUAGAUAACUAUAGCUUAUCUAACUCUAGCUAGUUUUAGUAAGUUAGCUAACGUUAGAUAACUAACCAAUUAAACCUUUAGUUAUAUUAGCACUAGUGCUAGUUUAAAUUAUCACAUUAAUUACUACUGCAUACAACCAUUGUUUAUGUCUCAUUACUUGCCUGACAUAAUAAAGCCUUGUUACUAUACAGAAAUGAGUCGCUUGUGUGGGAUAAUGGUAGACUACUAUCUAACUAGCCACUUUG